AAAUUACUCGUUAACCUGUUAGGGUUGAAAAUGGCAUUUCCAUAAAUUCUCCAACCUAUAUAAAUAGAAAAAUACCUCCAAUUCAUUUUCUAGGGUUUUGUAAUUUCAAUCUUCUUUGGAAAUCCUUGACCAGCCGGAAAGCCAUGGGGAGAAGACCUGCAAGGUGUUACAGGCAGAUUAAGAACAAGCCAUACCCAAAGUCCAGGUACUGUCGUGGUGUACCUGACCCAAAGAUUAGAAUUUAUGAUGUUGGGAUGAAAAGGAAAGGAGUUGAUGAAUUCCCCUUCUGUGUCCACUUGGUGAGUUGGGAGAAGGAAAAUGUCUCAAGUGAGGCUUUGGAAGCUGCUCGUAUUGCCUGUAACAAGUACAUGACCAAGUUUGCUGGGAAGGAUGCCUUCCAUUUGAGAGUCAGAGUACAUCCUUUCCAUGUCUUGCGUAUCAACAAGAUGCUUUCAUGUGCUGGAGCUGAUAGACUCCAGACUGGUAUGAGAGGAGCAUUCGGUAAACCCCUGGGUACUUGUGCCAGAGUUAGCAUUGGUCAGGUCCUCUUGUCAGUUCGUUGCAAGGAUACCAACGGCAACAACGCCCAGGAAGCCCUUCGUCGUGCCAAGUUCAAGUUCCCUGGACGUCAAAAGAUCAUUGUCAGCAGGAAGUGGGGAUUCACAAAGUUCAGCCGUACCGACUACGUCAAAUGGAAGUCAGAGAACAGAAUCGUUCCAGAUGGUGUCAAUGCUAAGUUACUUGGAUGUCAUGGACGUUUGGCUAGACGUCAGCCCGGUCAAGCUUUCUUGGAUGCUGUUGCUGCUUAGAACAACAAGAAGUCUGUUUUAAAUAGAAAAUCUGCUUUGAUUAGAAAAAUCAGGAUUUUUGUUUUUGCUAAGUGAAAAAUUUGGAGUAAUUUGUGGAACUUUUGAGUUUGUGUAUUUUGAGUUCAGUUUGGGUAACAUAGUUUGUACCCAUUGUAUGGCAUACAUUAAAAGCGUUGGCAGCAGUUUGACUGCCCUUUAUGUUAUUUUCAUCUGCAUUAGUACUAAAGUCUUAUAUUUUAAUCUUC